GGGCAAGACUAUGGGAGGCUGCCCUGUACAGAAAAGAAGAAAUGGCAAUAAAGAGGGCAACCUUCAUUGCCCCCAGCCCAAAAGGAGUAAAAGAAGCCCUGUCUUUCAGGAUUCUCGAGAUACAGAGUUUUCAUGCAGUGAUAAGGAAAGGAGCAGCAGCUACACUAAUAUCCCAGAGAAAGCAAAUGGACCAGAAGGCAACUUAAACCAGAUUGUUACUGAACCCAAUACAAACAUUCCCCAGUUCUUGCACGAGGGGUAUGUACUAUGCCAAGAUCUUUAUUCCCACAUCAACCAGAUCUUGAAGGAGGCUCACUUCAACAGUCUGUAGCAGCGAGGACAAGCUCCAGCAUGAUGAACUAGGACUUCCUUAUUCCAACCUACCUAACCUGUGUUUAUAAAAGCAAUUGCAUACAUACCAAAAAAUAAAUAAAUAAACAAAAAAAUAAAUAAUGCUUGGCUUUAUACGUGUCUGGUUAAUUUUUUAAAAAUAGGAAAAAAAAAGAAUUAAUGCUGAGAAUUGUCCACGUUUGUAAAAACAUAUAAGCUUGCAAAUUCAAGGAGCUGAGUAGGCUGAGAAAAAAGAGGAAUAGGGAGUUACUGGUUAUUGUUUAAUACGUACAGAAUUUCAGUCGGGGAAGAUGAAAAUGUUCUGGACAUGGAUGAUGGUGAUGGUUGCACAAUGGGAAUGUACUUAAUGCCACUUUAAAACAGCAAAAAUGAUAAAUUUUAUAUCUCAAAUAUAUUGCCACAAUUUAAAAGAGCUGGGUAGACAUCAAACAAAAUAAACCCAAAGAAAUCUACAUCCAGGCACAUAAUCAAAUGGCUGAAACUCAAAGAUAAGGCCAGGUAUGGUAGCUCAGGUCUGUAAUCUCAGCACUUUGGAAGACCAAAGCAGGAUGAUCACUCAAGCCCAGGAGUUAGACACCAGCUUGGGCAACAUAGUAAGAUCCCAUCUCUACAAAAUUAGUCAGGAAUGGUGGUGCAUGCCUGUAGUCCCAGCUACUUAAGAGGCUGAGGUGGAAGGAUGGCGUGAGCCUGAGAGGUCCAAGC